CCUAGAUCAAACUGGGAGUCAGUUGUGUAAAUUUCUUAAAGAUAGAUUAGAACUCACCGAUAUAGUGGUUAAUAAAAAAAAACCCGAAGGGAAUUUUUUUUCUCCAAAACUAAACAAUUUCUUUACAACAUGAAAAUUGAAAUUGUUUUUUUGCUUUGUUUUUGGAUAAUUGAUGGUGAGGCACACGCCAUAGGAUAUCCUGUUUGUAACGUAGUACAACAGAGACAGCGACAAUUUCCACCCCAAGUUAUUUACAUAUAUCCGUAUGAUGAACGAAUAUUUAUACCGGUGAUAAUCAGGGAUCCAUACUUUGCAAGGCAGCAACAACAUCGGUUACGGCCUCAAGUUGAUCAAAUCCCUCAAGGAUCUGCCGGAUAUGGCGCUAGUUAUAAUCUUCAGAGCCUGAUGUGUAAUUUUUGCCUUUCACAAUACAUGGGAAAACCCUGCUCAAAUUACUGUUAUCAAGAGUCUUGAAGAUAUCCAUGUGCUAUAUAUCCAUACAUUACGAUGAACUUGAAUACAACCCUUUGGUUUAGAACAAUGAUCAUAUAUGUAUAUGCAGAUAUAAAACAUUUUGUAAUUUGUCGUCUAUCAAGACAUCAUAAUGAAAAUUGUCUUGUGCUUGUGUUGAAGUAAUAUCUAUAUAAUA